AUGUUCUCCAGAAGGGUCCAUUACCACGCUCCUGAAGGAGUAAAGGCGCCUUGUGCACUUGGGGGCUCUUGUUACAUAGGCUUUCUGGACGAUCGCACGGUGCUCAAAUACCCGCACGUCCAGGGAAGAGAUUGGGAGUAUAUUGUUGCUGAAUGGAAAAUAUACAGUAUUCUUGGGAGCUAUCCUAGAAUUCUUACGUGCUUUGGUCUCGAUGACCGCGGUCUCAAACUCGAAUUCGCACCGAAUGGAACUGUUAGAGGCGCCCUGGAGUCGGUGAUGGCGCUUUCAGCGAGGCAGAGAAUUAUCUGGUGUCGACAAACGGCCGAAGCCAUCAAGUACGCUCACUCGAAGUUUAUCAUUCACUGUAAUAUCUCGACCGACAACCUUCUACUAGAUGGUAAUCUCGACGUUAAGCUCUCGGAUUUUCAAGGACGUCUUAACGAUCCAUCUACUGGAUCAACGAUCCUUGACGGCUCCGCACUAGAGCCCGUUAAGUCAUGCCUGCCCCGUCCUAUUGGUCAGGAUACCGAAAGAUCGGAUAUCUUUGCCCUUGGUUCCACCUUCUACGAGAUCAUAACUGGACACGAGCCUUUUCCCGAGCUGGAUAGCUUUGAUGACGAGGAAGAGAUUCGUGGACGUUACGAGCGUGCUGAGUUCCCCGCUACGAAUACCGUUAUAGCCGGUGAGAUCAUCUACAAAUGCUGGUUUCAAGUUUAUCAAAGUGCUGCCGAGUGCUUGAGAGACCUUGUAGCGUUAGAGGAGCAAACUUAA